UCUGUGAAAAGAUGUUUCACUUCAUAAUUUUGAUGCUAAUUGCGUGUUCUCUCAAACUGCCCAUUGGCCGUGGCGGUGAUAGCCCCUACCCAACAGAGUUCAGGCACACCCUCUCCAACCUCUCUCAGGAGAAUAUCCGUCACUGCACAUCGCUGCCUCCAACUGAACGCCUUGUAUGUGAGCUAGAAGGUGCCAUUGAUGCCCAAGGCCACCCGACCACCAAUGCCAAGAACACCAACCCGCCUGCUCAGCCGCCUCCUGCUAAAGAGUCAUGUAAGUUCAGGGAAGACAACAUCUACACUCUUUAUCCUCACUCCAUGCCUCAAUCCCCUGUACUGAACAGAGUGUUGGAGAAGUAUGUAGCCAUGCACAGGCGCUGCAGGGACAUAGAUUUUGCAAGCCUCGAUGAUGUCUAUACUUCUUCUAGGAGACCCAUCUGCCGAUACCUGAUCUGGAGACCCAGCGGCUAUGGAUUCGGCAACCGGCUCUUGGCCCUGAUCUCCUCCUUCCUCUACGCAGUAAUGUCUGCAAGGGUGCUAUUAAUUGACUACCCAGAAUGGGAUCACCUCUUCUGCGAGCCCUUCUUGGGCUCUAGCAUCCAACUGCCUGCUCGAACCAAGCUCAACCAAGUUCUGGGCGAGUGGUAUAUACAAUUUCGCGAUGCUCGUUGCGGAUUGAAUAGUUCUAACAAAAUCUGCAACACAACUGUGGUGAAUCUGCGUCUGGAUCAUGUAACUGGCCUGCGUGAAUACGAGUCAGUUGCUUGUCCAAUGGGCUAUUCAAGGGUCAGGAACAUUGAAUUUUUGACGAUGAGGGAGUGCAACCAGUACCUGGUGCCUGGCUUCUACCUCAACCCUGUGCUUUCUCCUCUGCUCGAAGUCCUCUUCCCUCAAAGGAACGCAUUCCAUUUGCUGUCAAGGUUUCUCCUGGUACCAAGCGACGCCAUGUGGGCUUCAAUCAGACCCUCUUUGGAUAUUCAGGCCAGUAGGAGAGUCGGAGUUCAGAUAAGGGAAUUCGUUGGGAGGUAUACAACUGCUUAUGAUGGAAACGUGAUUGAGUGCAUCAAGAAGAAGGGAGGGUUUCUACCAAAGAAGUUCCGGAAGCGGCGGGUUCACUCCGGCGAGUACUGCGGCGUCUACGUGGCCACAUUGUUGAGGCGUCACUUGGAAGCGGUGAACUCUAGCUUGAAGGCGUUGGUAGUGGAGACAGGGAAGGAGUUCAGGUUCAACCAUCAGAGGUUGGAUGGGAGGGAGGUACAUGACAGGAAGCACGAAGCAGAGGCAUUGGUUGAUAUGUGGGUACUGAGCAUGAGCAAUGUCCUGGUGACCAGCCAGGACUCCAGCUUUGGUUACAUUGCAACUGGGGUGGGUGGCGUUGUUCCAAAUUUUCUUGAUAUGGAGGAAGGGAAAGGCUGUUUCAUGGGGCUGGGUGUGGAGCCCUGUUUUCAUGCCGCACCAAAGAAUCUCCGAUGUGCGCAAGACGAGGCUGUGGCAUUCAGCCUGCAAGAAAUAGUAGAGAAAAAUACUUCAAUAGUGAAGGUCUGCAACGACAGGCCACGGGGUUGGACGUUGCUGCCACCAACUGUUUCCAAAAUCUAAUCAUCUAAAAGAUUGAACCCAAGGAUAUGAAGCGGUUUCGAUCUAAGAUAGCUAAACACUUGGUGAUUCAGUGGGAAACGGAUCUGGUGCAGAAAAAAAUUGGCAAAAGCUUCAUGUCAUGUUCAACCUGCUUUCAUUUGCCAUUGAUAGGCUUGAAUGUUGUUGUAAAUGUAUUCCGUAUACGAGAAUGUUAUAAUGAAAAAACGCAUAUAGCGGUUAAGUUAUUAAAUGUACGGAAACGUUGGUAACUGAUU